AUGGGCAGCGGGGUCCCACAGCAGGUCAGCGGAUUCGGUGGAGGGACCGGGCCCACCAACAAGGUGAUGAUUGUGGGGCAACACUCGCAAAGCGGCUGGGUGACGAUGGACUUCAACCAGGUGGUGGUGGAUGUCCCGAAGGUGGACUUCUCCCACGGGGACUGCGGCAACAUGUUGGCGGCCGUGGGGCCCUUCGCGCUGGAAAAGGGCCUCGUGGAACCUGAGGUCCACGGGCAGAAAGCCACGGUGCGGAUCCAUAGCGCCAACACGGGCGCCUGCUAUGAGGCGGAGGUGGCCUUGAACGAGCGCCGGGUGGAGUACCUGGGCGACACUGCAGUCCCUGGCGUUCCAGGAACGUUCGCCCCGGUCCAUCUAGCCGCCGUCGGGGUUGCAGGUUCCCAAACUGGCGCCCUGUUGCCCACGGGCCGGCCGGUCGACCUGCUGGAAGCAGACGGCCUCCACUGGGAGGCCACACUUGUCGACUUCGCCCGAGCCCUGGUGGUUUUGGAUGCCAAUGCCGUGCUACCAGCCUUUGGCUACUCCGAGCUCACUGAGAUCACCCUGGAAGUGGCGCGGAAUGACCCAAAGCUUUGCGCAGCGUUGGAAGCGGCCAGAAGACAAGCCAGCGAAGCAAUGGGCAUGGGCGAUUGCGCUGGCAAGGAUUCGCCGAAGCUCGCCUUGGUUGCACCAACCACGGAGACCAACUCCUUGGCAUGCUGCUACUUUGUCGCCCCAGAACGACAGGAGAGAUGCAUCCCACCAUCGCCAUGA